AUGUCAAGGAUCUUGGAUCAGAGAAUUCUGUUGUUAGUAAUUUCAUUUUCAGUAAGUCUGCAGAGUACAAAGGUACUUUCAGAAUGGAAGAAGUGUGGUGAUCCGGAAUGUGAGAAGGCAAUGAGCCGAGUUCAAGCCAUUACCGACUACUUAGGGCCUGACUGCCGGUAUCUUAACUUCAAAGCAGGGGAGGAGAUCACUGUAUACUCCAAACUUUCAAGGGAAAAUGAAAACUUGUGGACAGGAAGUAAAGGGAAGGAUUUUGGAUAUUUCCCAAGAGAUGCUGUGAAGGUUGAGGAAGUUUUAAUUGGAGAAGAAGUUGAAGUGCUCACUAAGGAAACUGAUUUCCUUUGUCUUCAUGAAGAUAAGUACACUUUUGAAAACGAAGAUAACACAUUAUAUGAUCACAACAAAGAAAGUGAAUAUUCAUUGUCUGAUGUAGAAUCAAAGCUGCAUGAAAAUGAACUCUUACAAUAUUCAAGAGACCCCAUACAAAAUGAAGAAAAAAACGAAUCAGUUUCUGAAAAUGACUCUGAGGAAUCUCACACUCAGGAGUCUGUAAACAAAAAGUUGGUUAGAAAAGAUGAUACUGAAGAGCCACAAAUGCAAAACAGUCUCCCAGUAGAACCUGUUCAAACUCAGUCUAGCUGGAUUUCAGGAUGGUUCACCACAGAAAGUGAAAAUUAUGAAGAGCCCUUACAAGAUGUUACUGAAUCUUCAGAAGCAAAUAAAUACCAAGGCAAAGAAACAGAGGUAGGAGCUGAAAAUUAUUUACAGGAGCCAAAUGAUGAGGAACAAGAAUCCUCCACAUCUAGUUGGUUUCAAGGUGGACUGACAAGCUUUCUGUAUUUUGGUGAAGAGAAUGAAGAUGUUGAUUUGGCAUCAGAAAAAAUUAAUCCACCAAACCAUGAUGUGUCUGGUGUGCCUGAGCAUUCUAGUACUGAAAAUGAAACAACAGACACCAAGGUAUUGUCAGAAGAAGAAAAGAGUGAAAGCCAAGAAUCUGAAUCAAAUUGGUUUAAUUUGGGUUUAAGUGAUGUUCUUAAUUUUGGCCAUGCCAAGGAAGCUACAAUUGCUACAGAGGACCAGAGAAGCAGAGGAACAACAGACCAAGCAAACAAGAAUGAGGAAGAUCAGACUUUAGACCAGCAGGAAUUACAUAUGGACAAAGAAUCAGAGGAAAUAGCUAAUGAGGUGACAGAUGAAGAAAAUGAGAACUAUGCACAAAAAUUAACAAAUUCAAACAUUAACAGGCCAAAUCCUGGGGAGAUACCAGCAAGUGCACGUACUCUUAAUGACACCAAAAACACCUCAAGUAGUACAGAAUCAUCUUUAGAUAUGCAAAUAUGUGACAAAGAGAAGCCAAUUGAACCUUACAGUUCAGAGGAAGACUUGGUAUCAGAAAGCCAACUGCUGAGAAACACUGAUGCUGAAAAGAAAAACCAAGAGUCAGAAAGCAGACGUGGCCAAUCAGGAGUAGGCAGAAGAAAGCUUCUAGAAGAAACACCAGAGAAGGAGCAUGAAAUGUAUGCAGCUGUAGUCGGUGAACAUGACAGUGACCAAGAUUCAGAAGCAACAGCCAUUGCUUCAGUAAAUUCUGAAACAAAAAUGGACAGUUCAGGACCUGACUCUCUAGCUGAUGACAGAAAGUCUUUCUCUGAUGCCAUCCAAAAUUAUGUUCCAAGUAAUGGUAAGUGCUAAUUUUCUUAACUUUAAGGAAAACAGAUUUGCAAUCUUAAAAAAAAAGCAAGAAACAACGAAACCAGUUGGAAUUAAAUGAAGUUGAUAAUACCUCUUGUUUUAUUCCUUAUGAUCAAACCAGAAGGAGGCUGGAUACAUCAGAUACUUCUGUGCUGGAAUGCUCUUGAGAUCAGAGAAACAAUAAAAUCUGCAUCGUCAGCAGUGACGAUUAUCGUCAAAAUGGUAAGAAUUCUUUCUGUGAUAUAACAUUGACAUUAGUGCAAGUUUAAGCCAGCUACAAAGUAAUGUUCUGCAGUGAAACUCCUAACAAAACAGAAAAGGAAAAAAAAAUCCUUUUAAAUAAACCCUCUCCCUACUUCCAGGGUUUUCUGAUGCCAAAUGAGACAGAGUACAAGAAAAUUGUAGGUCAGCUGCUCAUCAUCUGCCUCUUUGCAGUGCAGAAUCUGAUGAACUUAGGAUGUGAGGAUUUGGGGUUUUGUUUAGUGGGUUUUUUUAAUAGCCAGGAGACAUCUGAGUGGUGGUUUUAAA